CUAAAAAAAAAGAAACGUCCCAAUUAAGGUACCGACUCCGUCCACAAAAUUUUCGAAAUCGUCUCUUAUGAAACCUAAAAUACUGUAUUGCCUGGUUGAUUUACUUCCCGCCUAAAUUUCCCUUUCCUCUGAGUUGAAUACAGGCUGUUAACUAAGAUCAAGACUUGACUAAAUUCAGGGGCAAUACCAGUUCAAUUUCCCGGGCAUUUCUAAAAAAAGAGUUGAACGAGAAAACGACGUCUGCUAUAAAUAGAAACAGAAAAAAAAAAAGAAAAGCUACGCAUCGUCCAUUCUUCACUGCUCCCAAAAAUCACAAAAGCUAAUCAAAAUUGAACGCAAUUGAAAGUAAAAGGUUAGAAGGUAUCCCUAUAAUAAAAUCAUAGUGUACAGUACAAGGCUAUUGAAUGGAAGUGUCAAAAGUUUAACAAUACCAAACUGUAUAUACUGGAAAGAUGAGAAAUGAUUACAGCAGCAGAAAAUGAAGCAAUGGGCUACGAACUUGUUCACGCGGCAAUACUCCUUCCAAUGACAAUUACGGAGGCAAACGAAGAGUCAAGAUGGAGACAAUUCUUAGCUUGGCGAGAAGAAAAGAAGAACAAAGAUGAGACCAGUGACCAGCUUAGCACCAAUUUUUUACGGCAGCACAACAAAAUCAAAAUGUCAUCAAGAUUAAGUUCCAUGAAUCCCUUAGCAAUAACGAUGAAAGACGACAAGACAAGAAAUUCAAUUGACGUCAUUUCUCUUAGAGAACGGGAACAGUCCGAUUUUUCCUCAGCUACCUUCCCGCCACAGCACCAACAAUCCAUCGCGACAAAACAAAUCAAAAGAAAACCUUUACCGAAAGGCUGUCCUCACUUUGAAUUUGAUUCCAUACAAGAAAAGACGUUGAUUUCUGAACAGGAAGAAAAAGAUCAGCCGCAACCGCAACAGCAGCAAAGUCGUCGUUCUGUUAUUGUCGUUCAUCCAUCAUCGACGGAGGCAUUCCUAUUGGCGGAAAAGACAGAGAUACCGGCACGACGUGAUAGUAGAUUUUAUAUGGAUAUCCCCAGCAUUCGGGCACAUUUAGAUCAUGCCUGUAAGAAUGAAAAAAUCAUGCUGAUACGAAGACAUUAUGAACAGCAGCGGCAGAAGCAUUUAUUAUAG